AUGGAUUUUUCAACAUUUACUAAUCAAAGUCCAGCUCAUAAUGAUUUCAGAAGUGAUACUUUCACAACUCCAACGUUAUCAAUGGUGAACUCACUAGCAACUACAAGUUUAGGAGACGCAGUAUACAAUGAAGAUGAUAAAACUACUCAAUUGGAGAAAAAAGUAGCAGAACUUACAGGGAAAGAAGCAGGUUUAUAUUGUGUUUCAGGUACUUUAAGUAAUCAAAUUGCAAUGAGAGUUAAUUUAUUUCAACCUCCAUAUAGUAUAUUAUGUGAUGCAAGAGCUCAUGUUUAUGUUCAUGAAGCUGGUGGGAUGUCUACUUUAACACAAGCAAUGCCCCAAACGAUCAUGCCAAAGAAUGGUAUACAUCUAACUUUAGAAGAUGAUAUUCUACCAAAUUUUAUACCUGAUGAUGGUGAAAUUCAUUCUGCUCCUACAAAAUUGAUAUGUCUUGAAAAUACAUUACAUGGUAUGAUUUUCCCAAUAGAAGAGAUCAAAAAAAUAUCAAAUUUUUGUAAAGAAAAUGAUGUUAAAUUACAUUUAGAUGGUGCAAGAAUAUGGAAUGCAAGUGCAGAAACAGGAAUAAGUUUAAAAGAAUAUUCAAUGUAUUUCGAUAGUGUAUCAUUAUGUUUAUCAAAAACUUUGGGAGCACCGGUAGGAACUGUUUUAGUAAGUGAUAAAAAAUUUAUAUUAAAAGCUAAUCAUUUUAAAAAGCAAAAUGGUGGAGGGAUUAGACAAAGUGGAUUAUUAGCAAGUAUGGCAAUUGUUGCAAUUGAUGAAAAUUUCGAAAAAUUAAAAGAUACUCAUAAAAUGGCAAAAGAAUUAGGUGAGUUAUGCGAAUCCAAAGGAAUAAUAUUGGAGCAUCCAGUACAAACAAAUUUUGUUUUUGUGGAUAUAGCUGCAAAUAAGAUAAGUCCAUCAAAAUUAAUAGAAAUUAGUGAUAAAUAUGGUGUUAAGAUUUAUUCAGGUAGAGUUUCAUUUCAUUAUCAAAUAUCUCAAGAUUCAUUUGAGAAAGCUAAAAAAGUUAUAGUAGAAGCUUUUGAUUAUGCAAAAGAACAUCCAUUUGAAGAAGUUCAUAAUUUCAAGUUUUAUACUGCGGAAAAUAAGUGA